CUAUAACCCUGAUUCUUUAGAUUCCCUUCUCAUUCUUUAUCUCUCUGUCUCGCUGUACUAUACGACAGAUUGAAUGAAUGUUCAUAUACUUUCUCUUCGUAUACAAUUUGUAAUCCCAUUUUUGAAAUUUAAAUUUUAAUCCGUGGUAAUUACGUGAUACCCGAAAUUUCAUCGUGAAUGAUCUUCAUCUUCCUCGAUCUUAGAUUCCAAUCUUCUACCUCAAAUUUGAAUUUUCAUUUUCGAAAUUCCUAUUUCAAUUUUGUCCGAUUGCGUGAUUCUAGGGUUGCGUCGCGAUGGGUAGCCGGAUGGAAACCGUCCAGGAUUUCAUUGAAGAAGCUAAAGUUCGUUUUUUGUGGUGGUUUAUUGUUAUCUUUUCCAUUACUUAUUUCUUAUCUCCAAAAUCAAAGGGACUAAGAGAGUGUUUCAUAUUGAAGAAGUGGUGUAUUGAAUAAAUGUUUUAUAGGCUGAAGCAAAUGAAGGUGGUGCAUAAUUCAUGUUGCCAGUGGUUACAUGUGAGGAUUAGGAGGAUUUUUGUUUAGAUUCUUGAUACCUUAAUGGCAUCCAUAAGACACUAGUAAGUCAAUGUGGAUGAAUUUCCCAGUUGCUAUCUUAAUCGCAGUUCUAUUACGUCAUCUAACAAAAGAGUUAGAAUUUCAUCCAAAAGUUUCAUCAACUAGCAAACAGAAAUACCUAUUUUUCUCAGAAAAGAAGCAACUCUCAGUGAACGAUCCACGUCUGUCUACAGCUCCUCCCCAGCCAAAAUGGAGGCGGAAAUUUGAUUCACCCAUUGUUGAGGAUGCAGUAGAGGAUUUUGUUAAUAAAAUUAUACAAGAUUUUGUUACGGAUUUAUGGUAUUCUGAUAUUACAACUGACAAAGAGGCUCCUGAGCUGAUGCGUGCUAUUAUACUGGAUGCCCUUGGAGAAGUUGCGGGAAGGGUAAAGGAAGUGAACAUUGUUGAUUUACUAACAAGGGAUAUAGUUGACUUAAUAGGUGAUCUUUUGGAACUGUUUAGAAAAACCCAAGCUUCAAUUGGCAUAGAUGUUAUGGUUACUCUGUCUUCUGAGGAAAGGGAUGAAAGACUAAAACACCUUCUUAUGGCUUCUAAGGAACUCCAUCCAGCAUUGAUCUCUGCUGAGAGUGAGUUCAAGGUUCUACGGAGACUCAUGGCUGGAUUACUAGGUUUAGUUUUGAGGCCGAAAGAAGCUCAAUGUCGUCUUGUUCGAUGCAUUGCUCAAGAGUUUGUCACUUGCUUAGUACUCCAACCUAUUAUGAAUCUUGUCUCUCCAGAGUAUAUCAAUCAGUUGGUCGAGUUUAUUCUUCUUCAAGUUAAAGACUUCUUAACUGGAUUAGAUAGUGAUGAUCUGUCAUCAAAAGCAGAUAAUUAUCAUUCUGUUGCUGAAGGAAGUAUUGAAGCUGGUGAAAAAGUAUCCAAAAAGCAUGAAGAAUUCCAUACUCAGGAAGCUGAAAUGCCACAUGGCAGAAAGGAUGAAGACAGAAAAUUGGCAUUGCAGGCUCCACCAAUUCCCCCUUCUAAAAUGGCUUCUGAAGACUUGGGCCAGCCAAAGGUCGCUGAUUGGGCACGAGUACUAGAUGCUGCAACUCAGAGACGCACUGAAGUUCUUGCUCCUGAGAAUCUUGAAAACAUGUGGGCAAUUGGAAGGAACUAUAAAGAUAAAAUCAAUAAAGCUGCAAAAGCGCAUACUCCUUUGGUAUCAGAUAGGAACAAAAUUAUAGUGGAUUAUAUGGAAGGAUCAAAUCCCACUAAUCUUGUUAAAAGCAGCAAGAAGAAGAAAACAGCUUCGCUGGAUGUGGAAAGUGAAUGUUUCUCAAAAGAAAUGGCUUUUGUCAUUGAAGUCGUGAGCACAACUGAUGGGAAUAAAAGCAAUCAUAAGAGAACCAGUAGUACUUCUGAUGUACAAGUUGAAUCUGAGGAGAAAGGUUCCAAUUUUGAUAGAAUCCAAAGGCUUCUAAUAUCAGAGGAUUUCUACAACCCAGAUUUUGGAAGUCUCGGUGUACAACAAAAAACUGAUGAUCUGUCAUGUUCAGUGGUUCGUGCUGUUGGGUCACAUUUUCCCAAGCUUAAGUGUCGGGUUAUUGGAGCAUACUUUGAGAAAAUUGGAUCCAAAUCUUUUGCUGUGUACCUGGUUGUUGUCACUGAUGCACAGACUAAUCAGUGGUUUGUUAAGAGGAGAUACAGGAACUUUGAACGAUUGCAUCGACAACUUAAGGAUAUUCCAAAUUAUAAUUUACAUUUGCCUCCAAAAAGGAUAUUCUCCUCCAGCACCGAAGAUGCUUUUGUGCAUCAGCGGUGCAUCCAGCUGGACAGAUACCUGCAAGAUCUGCUGUCCAUAGCUAAUGUUGCUGAACAGCAUGAAGUGUGGGACUUUCUUAGUGCUUCAUCAAAGAAUUACUCAUUUGGAAAAUCGCCAUCAGUUGUGAAAACCCUUGCUGUUAAUGUAGAUGAUGCUCUUGAUGAUAUUGUACGCCAGUUCAAGGGUGGUUUUUCACGCGAAGCUGUCAGAUCAUCUCCAUCACAUUACGAAAACCUUACACAUAUGCCGACCCGAAACCUAUCCUUAAAUGAAUGUGAUUUGCAGAGUUCAUUAGAUUCUUCAAUUGAAACCGCUAACCAUUCCGAUAAUGAGGAAGGUGAUAAAGUCGAAAGUUGCGGCCCGGAGGCAGCAGAUUCUGGAGUUAAUGGAAACGGAUGGCAUUCUGAUAAUGAAGUAAGUUCAAAGAGAUUUCCACCUCGGGUAGUUAAAAAAACUGGAAAUGCGCUACAUUCACAUUCUGAGACAAUGCGACCCUUGAUGAAAUCCAACAUGGAUGGAGUUUCAAUUUUACAAGAUAUGACUCACCCUAUUGAUUAUUCUGUUGGAGUGCCACCUGAGUGGACACCACCUAAUGUCACCAUGCCUAUGUUGAAUCUGGUUGAUAAGGUGUUUCAGCUUAACAGAAGAGGCUGGAUAAGAAGACAAGCCUUUUGGAUCUCAAAGCAAAUACUGCAGUUAGUCAUGGAAGAUGCUAUUGAUGACUGGCUAUUGAUGCAGAUUAAUUGGCUGCGCAGAGAAGAUGUUAUUGCUGAAGGGAUUCGGUGGGUCAAAGAUAUUCUCUGGCCCGAUGGCAAGUUCUUUCUCAAGCUAGAGAUCACUGGGGGUGGAUCAGAUGACAUGGACGACUUCAAAUCUUUUCAAGCUAAACCCCGAGCGUCCAGCAGGAAUGUCCAAUCUAAUUCAUUUGAGAUGCAGCUUGAGGCUACUCGAAGAGCUAGUUUUGUGAAGAAGAUGCUCUUAAAUGGAGCUCCAGCACCCUUAGUCAGUAUGGUUGGCGCAAAGCAGUACAAGCGUUGUGCACGGGAUAUCUUCUUUUUCCUUCAGUCUUCCAUAUUUCUGAAACAAGUUGCCUACACUGGCUUGGAGCUUGUGCUUGUAUCAAUCUUUCCCGAGUUGAAAGAUCUCGUAGACGAUAUCCAUCAGAAGAUGCAGCCAUAAUAGGCUUGAGAUUUCACUCUUGCUAAUCAUUCCUUGGGCAGCAUCUAGCUUUCGGAUCAUUGCAGCUCAUAAGAAUGCUUUUCCACAAAAGCAACCCAUUUGGAGAUCUUUAACGGUUGAUCAUCUGAUUUUUGACAUGGCAUAAUAUUUUUCACUUCUCAGACAAAUCGAAAGAGAUGAGGUUUGUGGGAGAUCAGGGAUGAAUGGCGAAAAGAGUUGCCCCUUUAAAACGUGAUACGGUGAGCUUUUAAGGGAGUGGGUUUGGUUGCAAGUUUUUUGCUUUUCAGGUAGAAAAGGUAAAGCUAUAGUGUUUGUGUUUCAACUGUACAAAACUGUACAGAUUUUGAAUAGUCCGACUUCUGUUACCUACUGAUUCUCUCCAGAAAGCCCUUUUAGGUAAGGGGAUUUUGAUUGUAUUUAUUUGUAAAUGUGUAUAAUGAAGAAUCAGAGUACAUAUCGCCAGAUGGUAUUAUGAUUUAUGAUGAGUACUUCCAUCAUCUUUAUAUAAGCACCCUUCCCUCUA